CGCACCAGUAGUGCGAAGACUGUCCGGACGUCCUGUGUUCCUCAUUUUCCUCGUCAGCUCUAUGUAUUGCCUCACCCCUCGCAUAAUGAAGCACACUCAUCUAACACAUCUUCGCACCUACGGCUUCAUAUCGCGCCGCUAUUUCCAAAAAUAUAUCUAACUCUACUCCGCAAAAAAAUCGAGCACCUCUUAAAAAAAAACCACCACCCCUCAUCUCUUAUGCAUCCAACAACCCACUCACCUCAUGCCAUCCUAUCUUUCGGAUCAUUCUCAACACUUUGCGGAUACGUCGGAGAACCCGAACCUCGAUGGUCAAUUCCCAGCAACUACAACCUCUCUACCACUCCUCACCCAUCCCAUGUCUCCUAUCCACAACUUAUCAAACUCCUGAAUAACUCAACCACGUUCUCAUCCGCACUAGAAUCCAUAACGCGUUUCACUCAAACCAUCUUCUUCAAAUACCUCCUCACCAACCCACACAAUGUACACGUAAUUAUCCUGGAAAACAUACUCACCUCUUCUAAAUUCAAAGAAUCUAUCACUUACAUCCUCCUUAAGAGACUUCGUGUUCCUUCUUUGCUUUUCCUCUACCAUCAACCCUUCUCUCCCUUUGCCCUUCGCCUUCAUAGCGCACUCGUUGUAGACGUAGGUCAUUCGACGACGACUAUCCUUCCCAUCGUCUUCGGUUCUGCACUGACGUGCGCCCUCCGCGUCGCGCCCGUCGGUGCCCUCCACGUCCAUGAACGCCUAGGUGAACUGCUGGAAACAUAUCCUUCGCUCACCUCUUCAGAACUUACUCAAAACGAACAAGAACGUACUCUAGCACCUAUUGACCCAAAAGUCUUAGAAAAAAUCUCUAGACGCUUUUGUUUUGUGCCAUCCAAAUUUAGUAAACCUGUCACAUGCAGUGUAUCGGAUUCCUGCAUCACCCUCAUUGUGUCUGAUGCUCACUCUAUUCAAAUAAGACCGCAUAUUCGCUCUGAAGCCACCACUGUGCUGUUCGAGUCUCCAGAGGCGAACCUUCCACGCGCCAUCCUCGAGUCUAUUCACAAUGCGCCAAUAGAUACAAGAACGCUAUUGGUCAGCAACAUCCUGUGUGUGGGCGGCGGGGCUUGCUUCCCUGGAUUCCAGAAACGCCUCAGCGAAGAACUAAACUCGCUCCUGCAAAAUUUUCCGCCAUUGCGCACAUUGCAAGGAAAAUUCAGAUUCGUAGAAAGCAAACGACUCCAUCGACGCUACCUCAGCUGGAUCUACUCGAGCAUGGCUCUGCAAGAUGAAAUAGAGUUCGACUGCAAUAAAAUUACCAGAGAUGAAUACUUGGAAAAGAGAAAAAACAUCCCAGACUGGACUAACCUAACUCACGAACCUUUUUCAACUGGCAGCUAAAAAGACUUCACAUGUAGAAACAUCCUUCAAAAACAUUGCAUAUCUGUAUACCUCUUUGCUCGGCUUGAAUUCUUCGCACCUCAGAUCGUGUCACUAUGAACGGUACAAUGUUGUACCGGGUUUCUCUCAUUCUCAUUUCAGAAUACCAUUCGAUUGCACGAGGCCUGAGAUAUGAGCAUCACGGUCACACUACGGCUCCGAGGGGCAUUGGCGACGUGGUUCUUUCAGAACAAUUCUUCGAGCAUCACUCGAAAAGCUUUGAUUGAGCCAGAAGGUGUCAUCCGGAUGAAAGCGAGCAGGGUGUCCGGACUUACAGAGAAGCCCGCCAGGACAAUGUUUUCGUGCGCUCUCGGGGCCGUGAAGGAGAAAGUGGAGAUUUUUAUCGAACAAUCGAGGCGAAAGACGUGUAGAAAGAAGUAAUGAGGCAUAACUAAUACAUGCUGCGUCAGGAGGAUGUGAAUCAAGAGCAAGGAGGAUGAGCAUAAUAGAAGUAGUGGUGAUCAGAUGGUAUUUUGCGUUAUUGAGUCGAAGGGUGAGAUGAGCACAGCCAAGAUCGGAUAUGAUGAAAACUGGCUUUGAUUUUUGAAAAAAGUACACAAAUGAAUCGAACAUCGAUGAAAGGGACGGCGGGAGAAGAAAUGAUGGGACAAGAGAUAGGCAAGAUGGAAGAAAGCUUGGAUGAAUAUGGAAUAUGGUAAUUGAGAUUUUUUCUGAUAGAUGAUUUUGAUAUUCUAAAUUAGAUAGAAUAUCUUGGAUCAUUCUGCGGAUAGUGGAUAAAGAAACUGAUGCAGUUUCUAUCCUUUCUAGAAUUUGAAUUUCCAAGUCAAGAAUUUUUUUUCUAUUUUUUUCAUAUGAAUGUUCAGACACCGAACUUAAGAGUCUUGUAAUUGACUUUUUCUGAUAUGUGUCGAUUGCGUCGGAUGUUGAAUAGUUACAACAUUCUAAUACCCAAAGAAUCUUUUCGACUUCGUCUACUGCACUCCUCUCUUCUUCUCCUCUCCCAAUCGCCUUGUAUGCCCUGCAUAGCCAUUCAUGCAAUUCCUCAAAUAAAAUCUUUUCAUAAUUCGCAUCAUAAGAUGAACGAAAAA